AUGGCAGCGCGAUCUCUGUGGCGCGCCAAAACGAAGCUGCUUUUAGCAGCCACUGUGGCUGGUGGAGCCGGAACCGGCUCGGCUAUGAUUGCCAACUCAGAGGACCCUGCCUCGGCCCUGAAGCUCUGCACCGCCGUCCCUCUCCGCCUCCUCCGUGACUCCAUUACUGCCGCCACGAUUGCUUUUGAUUAUGAAUACUCUCUCUGGGGCUUGCCUGAGGGUAGCACUGAGAGGACAAGAGUUAAAUCUGAAGUUCAUGCCAGGAGUGCAUUUAGGCUUCAAGAACUUUGUUUUAAAAAUGGUGGAAUAUAUAUCAAGCUUGGUCAACAUAUUAGUCAGCUGGAAUACUUAGUGCCUGCUGAGUACGUCCAGAUAAUGAGAGAAUCAAUGUUGAAUAGAUGCCCUGUUUCGUCAUAUGAUCAAGUUUGUCAAGUUUUCAAGAAUGAGCUCGGAGGGGCUCCAGAUGAAAUUUUUGCCGAAUUUGAUCCUGUGCCCAUUGCCAGUGCUUCUCUGGCGCAGGUUCACGUUGCCCGCACUCAUGUGGGAGAAAAAGUUGCUGUAAAGGUUCAGCAUACUCACAUGACAGAUACUGCAGCUGCAGAUUAUGCAACUGUGGAUUUAAUUGUUAACACAUUGCAUUGGCUCUUUCCUUCUUUCGAUUACAGGUGGUUGAUUGAUGAAAUACAGGAAAGUAUACCCAAGGAGUUAAAUUUCUUGUUUGAGGCCAGGAACAGCAUAAAAUGUAUGGAUAACUUUCGGAGGUUCUCUCCUCAUAUUGCAGAGUAUGUUUAUGCCCCAAAAGUACUUUGGAAUUUGAGUACCUCAAAAUUGCUGGUUAUGGAAUUUAUUGAUGGCGCACAAGUAAAUGACUUAAAGACCAUUCAGAAGCUUGGAAUUCAGCCUAACGAUGUUGCAAAAUUAUUAAGUCAAGCGUUUGCUGAAAUGAUGUUUAAACAUGGUUUUGUGCAUUGUGACCCACAUGCUGCCAAUGUGCUAGUUCGCCCAUUACCUUCUGGCAAUAGGGGAAUUUUUGGAAAGAGAAAACCGCAAUUGAUACUGCUAGAUCAUGGUCUAUACAAAGAUCUCGAUGUUCAGACUAGAAUAAGCUAUGCUUCACUGUGGAAGGGAUUGAUAUUUUCAGAUGCCAAUGCAAUUAAGGAAAAUAGUGCGAAACUAGGUGCUGGAGAAGAUCUUUAUGCAUUAUUUGCAGGAAUUCUUACGAUGAGACCAUGGAACAAAGUUAUUGAUCCUGCUGUUGAUCAUCUGGCUGUCCAAGGCACCGACAGUGAUCGUUCAGAACUCCAGAUGUAUGCUUCACAAUAUUUUUUUCAAAUCACAGAGCUUCUGAGGAGACUCCCUCGUGUUAUUCUUUUAAUGCUCAAAACAAAUGAUUGCUUGCGUGCAGUUAAUCAAUCACUGAUGCAAGGAUCCUCUUCUGAAACAUUUUUGAUCGUUGGAAGAGUCUCUUCUGAGGCAGUUAUUGAGUCAAAAUUGUUACAGAGCAGGUCUUUUCUAUCUCGGGCACUUGUUUGGUUGGAAGAAUUUCAGCUACAAGCUCGGUUGUUUGUAAUGCAGAUUGCACUAUGGCUUUUGAAACUUCAAAAAGCUUUGACAUUGUGA